AUGCGGGGAGAACAUGGCGGAACAUUCGCCAAGACCCUCCUUCUCGUCGGGGGAUUCGUGGCCAAGGCAGGUGCCGAAGGCUCGAAUAUUCCCAUGGAUCACAUGAUGCGACACUUGUACUCCUCGUCCACUGUCUGCCCGGAUGAAGUGGAUGCCUGCGUGGCGUCUACCAGUUGCUUGUCUUGCGACGAGACCUACUUCGAAAAUUUCGACGGAUGCUUUUCUUCGUUCAGCAGCGCCUCCACAUGCGAUGACUUUGUCGACGCCAUGUGCUGUGCGGCGGAAGGCUGCGAGGACAACGAGGAAUUUGCCGACUUCAUGGGCUGCUUAUAUGCGGACCUUGGUUGCGGAGUCAUUGACAUCGGUGAUUGUCCAGGAGGCAGCGGAGCGACAACUGCCGGCUCCGACACCACCACGGACUCCACAGCCUCCAGCAGCGAUUGUCCCGCCGAACUCUCGGCGUGUAACGUGGAUGACGAGUGCAUAUUCUGCACCCAGUCGUACGUUGACACCGUGGAGGGAUGCUUUGCUUCAGCGACUGGUUCCACCUGCGACGAUCUUGAAGAAGCUGUGUGCUGUGCGGUGGAUGGCUGCGAGGACAACGUCGCGCUCAAUGACCUCUUAGCCUGCAUCAAUUCGGAUUCUCCCUGCUCCGUCGACAUCGGAGAUUGCGCAUCGGACGGAAGCCGGGCCAUUUCUGACUCCGAUACCACCACCGACACCGAUUCCGCGGGCUACCUGACGACAUCGACAACCACGUCCACAACCGACACCAUUUACACCUCGAUGACGACGAGCGAGACCGAAUGCGCCACCGAAGUGGUGGCUUGCAACGAUGACACGGAGUGCGUAGACUGCUUCACGUCGUAUGCUGCACUCGUGGAGGGAUGCCUUGUGUCAGCGGGUGGUACCACCUGCGAUGAUCUUGAAGGAGCUGUGUGCUGUGCGGUGGAUGGCUGCGAGGACAACGAUGGGCUCAAUGACCUCUUAGCCUGCAUCAAUGCGGAUACUGGUUGCUCCUUCGACCUUGGAGAUUGCGCAUCGGACGGAAGCCGAGCCAUUUCUGACUCCGAUGCCACCACCGACACCGAUUCCGCGGGCUACCUGACGACAUCGACAACCACGUCCACAACCGACACCAUUUACACCUCGAUGACGACGAGCGAGACCGAAUGCGCCACCGAAGUGGUGGCUUGCAACGAUGACACGGAGUGCGUAGACUGCGUCACGUCGUAUGCUGCACUCGUGGAGGGAUGCCUUGUGUCAGCGGGUGGUACCACCUGCGAUGAUCUUGAAGGAGCUGUGUGCUGUGCGGUGGAUGGCUGCGAGGACAACGAUGGGCUCAAUGACCUCUUAGCCUGCAUCAAUGCGGAUACUGGUUGCUCCUUCGACCUUGGAGAUUGCGCAUCGGGCGGAAGCGGGGCCAUUUCUGGCUCCGAUACCACAACCGACACCGGAUCCCCCACCGAUACAUCCACCGACACCGAUUCCGAAAUCGAUGCUACGACCGACACUGAUAGUACCGCUGCUGACGACGGCGAGAGCACCGGCAGCGCGCCCCUCCCCAUCGGCGAUGACGACGAAGACAAGAAGGACGCUACAGACGACGCGGACCCGACCAACACCGAGUCAUCCGCCACCCGUUCCGCUGCGGCAAAGGGAAGUUCGGCCGUUGUUUGGCUGAUCGCCGCCGCUGCGCCCAGCCUGUGGCGCCGCUUCCAGUAA